UCAUAGUCACAAGACUACUCAGCUGAGGCUGUCCAAUUUUCGAUUGCCCGAAAUAUUGGAUUUUCGGAUAUUUUAAUUAUUUUACUGUGGCUUUAAAUAAUUUUAGCCAAAAUGGCUAAUAUUAGUGAUGACAAUGUUAGUAAACUCCUGGGUGACGAUAAAAUCGAUAUGAUUGCUGCCACAAGUGUGUUGCAAAUAAGAGCCACUGAGAUCCGUCAAUCGCACAUAAAUUGGCAGUCUUACCUACAGUCACAGAUGAUCACCCAGCGUGAUCACGACUUCAUUGUGAACCUAGACCAUCACGGCCAGAAGAACCUGCCUGACAAGAGUCCUGAAGUCUGUGCUGAAGUUUUCCUGAACUUGCUGACCCAUGUCAGCAAGGACCACACCAUCCAGUACACCCUGGUCCUCAUUGAUGACAUUCUUUCGGAGGAUAAGUCUCGUGUUAAGAUUUUCCGUGAUGCAAGACGUUCUGGUGGAUCAGUUUGGCAAGUUUUCCUGAAUCUUCUGAACCGCCAAGAUGAGUUCGUGCAGCACAUGACGGCUCGCAUUAUUGCCAAGCUAGCCUGCUGGUACCCCCAGCUUAUGGAGAAGAGCGACCUCAACUUCUACCUCUCCUGGCUAAAGGAUGAACUAAUGCUGAACGCGGAGAAUAUGUCCGUCGAGUUAGAGCAUGCCGAGCAGGUUAUGUUGGAGCAUGAGAAACAGAAAUUCUCCGAUAAGCAUAAACACAACAAGGAGAAGGAUGAUAAGAAGCCUGAAGGGGCUCAGGGUCAGGAGAAAUACUCCAGCCUCUACAGUUCAUUUGACCAGCUGAAACCGCACGAGGACCUACCACCCGGCCUGCAUCAGAAUAACGAUUACAUCCAGUCGGUGGCACGCUGCCUGCAGAUGAUGCUGCGCAUCGACGAGUACCGCUUCGCGUUUUUGUCCGUUGACGGCAUCUCCACGCUUCUUACCAUCCUCGCCUCCAGGGUCAACUUCCAGGUGCAAUACCAGCUAGUUUUCUGCCUGUGGGUGCUCACGUUCAACCCGCUGUUGGCCGAGAAGAUGAACAAAUUCAACGCUAUCCCAAUCCUCGCUGACAUCCUGAGCGACUCCGUCAAGGAGAAGGUGACUCGCAUCGUGUUGGCGGUCUUCAAGAAUCUGAUUGAGAAGCCCGAGGACCAGCAGGUAGCAAAGGAGCACUGCAUCGCGAUGGUGCAAUGCAAGGUCCUGAAGCAGUUGUCCAUCUUGGAGCAGAAGCGUUCGGACGACGAAGAUAUUAUGAACGAUGUGGAGUACCUCAACGAGCGUUUGCAGGCCUCCGUGCAGGACCUCAGCUCUUUCGAUCAGUACGCUACCGAAGUCAAGAGUGGACGAUUGGAGUGGUCGCCGGUGCACAAGUCGGCCAAGUUCUGGCGCGAGAACGCGGCGCGCCUCAACGAGCGCGGACAGGAGCUGCUGCGCACGCUCGUGCAUCUGCUGGAGCGCAGCGCAGACCCCGUCGUGCUCGCCGUCGCCUGCUACGACGUCGGCGAGUACGUGCGACACUACCCGCGCGGGAAGAACAUAAUCGAGCAGUUGGGCGGCAAACAGCGCGUGAUGCAUCUCCUGAGCCACGAGGACCCCAACGUGCGGUACGAGGCUCUGCUGGCCGUGCAGAAACUCAUGGUCCACAACUGGGAAUAUCUCGGCAAGCAACUGGAAAAGGAACAGAUCGACAAACAAGCCGGCACGGUCGUCGGAGCUAAAGCCUAAUGUUAUUGUUACAACUUUAUUAAUAUUGUUAUUGUUGUCUAGGAUGCUGAGGUCCCUACGCAGCGAUCUAUAAGCUUGUACCACGUGUAUAUAGUGUGCCACUAAUUUAAAUAAUAAAAUGUUGUUUCCUUCAUCUAUAAGUAUAAUGUUUACAAUCAUUAAUUGAAUUAGAAAGGUAUUACAAGCGAUCGCUUCAGCAAUUCAUUGUUUAUUUAAUUAUAUCGUCUUAUAUAUCAGAUAAAUACUACUCGUAUUGUAAACAAUAUUGAGAAAUGUUAAUGAGCAGAUAUUUAUGUUUUUUUUUCAAAGUUAUCCACAUUCCUUUUGAGUUUUAGUUACAAAAAUUUAAAGAUUAUGACAUAAAUAUUUGAAUUACUUUAUAGUAGGCAAGCCUACUGAAAUAUAGUUUAUGUAGUGAACUGCGGAAUAUGACUAAAGUUAUGUCAGUAUUGUGAAUAAAGAUAAUUAUGAAAUAGU